AAAGAAAGUACAAAAAUUAAAAAUCUAAUAAUAUCUACUAAAUUGUCAGCUUAUUUUCCUCUGAAAAAACUGGAAAAUCCUUUCUAUGGCUCUACAGGCUGCUGCUUUGCUCCCUUCUAAAUUCUCCCUACACAAGGAGGCAAAAUGUGGUGCAUCUCUGAAGGAGUCAAACCUCUUUGGAAUUUCACUCUCGGACAAUGUCAAAGCUGAUUACAGCAAGAUCAAAUUCUGCACAAGGAAGCUACCUUCCGUUCGUACUCUAGCCGUUGCCACGUCACCAACGAUCACCCCCACGUCCUUCCAAGGCAAGAAAACCUUACGAAAGGGCACCGUAAUAAUCACGGGCGCCUCAUCGGGCCUGGGCCUGGCCACGGCCAAGGCCCUAGCCGAGAGCGGCAAGUGGCACGUCAUCAUGGCCUGUCGAGACUUUCUCAAGGCCCAAAAGGCCGCCAAGUCCGUGGGCAUGGACAAGGAGAAUUACACCGUCAUGCAUUUGGACUUGGCCUCGCUCGACAGCGUGAGGCAAUUUGUCGACAAUUUCAAGAGGUCAGGCCGGCUGUUAGACGUCCUCGUCUGCAAUGCAGCCGUCUACCAGCCGACGGCCCGCGAACCGUCCUUCACGGCGGACGGGUUCGAGCUUAGUGUCGGGACCAACCAUUUGGGCCAUUUCCUUUUAUCGAGGUUGUUGCUCGACGAUAUGAAGGAGUCAGAUUACCCAUCUAAGAGGCUUAUAAUCGUGGGCUCGAUCACCGGAAACACCAACACAUUGGCCGGGAACGUGCCCCCGAAGGCCAACUUGGGGGACCUGAGGGGCCUCCAGGCCGGGCUCAACGGGCCCAAAACGUCAUCAUCUAUGAUCGACGGUGGAGAUUUCGACGGGGCAAAGGCCUACAAGGACAGCAAGGUGUGCAACAUGCUGACGAUGCAGGAGUUCCACCGUCGUUACCAUGAGGACACGGGCAUCACAUUUGCCUCACUCUACCCUGGCUGCAUUGCCACCACUGGCCUUUUCCGAGAGCACAUUCCCCUUUUCAGGCUGCUUUUCCCUCCUUUUCAGAAGUACAUUACGAAAGGGUUCGUCUCGGAGGAUGAGGCCGGGAAAAGGCUUGCGCAGGUCGUGAGUGAUCCGAGCCUCACGAAAUCGGGCGUGUAUUGGAGUUGGAACAAUGCCUCGGCCUCGUUCGAAAACCAGUUGUCUCAAGAGGCGAGUGAUGCCGAUAAGGCGCGAAAGCUUUGGGAGAUUAGUGAGAAACUGGUUGGUUUGUCUGAAUAGAUUUGGAUUUGGCCCCUUUUGUUUUUCAGAUGACUUUUUUUGGAUUGAGUAAUUUUCUGUUUGAAGCAAUAAAUAUAAUUCAAAACCACUCGGUCCAUUUGAUUUUAGUUUACAUACAGUUUAAAAGAAAAAGAACAUGAUUGAGAUUAUUCAAAGAGUACACAAAAGGUCCUCUUCUUGUUCUAUGGCUACCCUCAUUUACACAAGUGCCUUGAUUUUGGCCACAAACAACACAAAACACAACAGCAAACAAAAACGACAACAACAAAAUGUGAAUGUCAAAGGAAAUUUCUUCUUUUUUUUUUCUUUAUUUU